AUGCUCUCACAUCUCUCCCGAACCUUCCGUUACAACCAUCAUUUCCGACAACAAUGCCGCCGUUACAAGCCUCCGAAGUCUCCUCCACCUCCUCCACCACCACCAACGUUACCAAAGCCUCCAAAAAAGCCACAGAGCUUCACCUUCCACGACGCGACGUGGGAGGAUCCUUACAGCUGGAUGUCUAAGCUCGAAGACAAAGUGGCGAUGCGGCACAUGGAUAUCUACAUGGAGCAAGAGGAGAAGUAUACCGAAGCUGUGUUGGCAGAUACGGAUCGGAUACAGAGCAAGCUUCAGUCUGAGAUGGCUUCUCGCUUGUCUUUUGAGCUCUCUACGCCUCCUCUUCGUUGGGGACCUUGGUUGUAUUAUAGAAGGGUUGAAGAAGGGAAGCAGUAUCCAGUACUGUGUAGGAGGCUAGCAAGCUUGCACGAGGAGUUCAUUUCUCAUAAGUCUCCUGCUGCAGGGUUUGAUUUCACUUCUGGGAAGAGGAUUGAGCAGAAGCUGCUUGACUACAAUCACGAAGCUCAAAGAUUUGGAGGUUAUGCUUACGAAGAAAUGUCUGAGAUAUCACCUGACCAUAAGUUUCUUGCAUACACUAUGUAUGAUAAGGACAACGACUACUUUAAGUUGUGUGUGAGAAACUUGAAUUCUGGUGCUUUGUGUAGUAAGCCUCACGCAGACCGUGUCUCCAACUUAGCAUGGGCAAAGAACGGGCAGGCUUUGCUGUAUGUUGUCACUGAUCAGAAAAAACGGCCAUUCAGAAUUUACUGUAGCAUGAUAGGGUCAACAGAUGAGGAUGUUUUGCUUCAUGAAGAAACUGAAGGCAAUGUUCAUGUUAACAUAAGACAUACAAAAGAUUUCCACUUUGUGACUGUGAAUACAUUCUCUCCUACAUUCUCCAAGGUCUUUCUGAUAAAUGCAGCUGACCCGUUUUCUGGUUUGGCGUUGGUUUGGGAACACAACGCUCCAGCACACUGCAUAAUCGAGCAUCAUCAGGGCUUCCUUUAUUUGUUCACAGAUGCUUCCAAAGACGGUGGAACACUUGACCAUCAUUACCUUCUUCGUAGUCCUGUUCACUUAUCUUCCAGUCCAAGGAUCUGGGAGCCAGUUUUUAUAGACGACCCUGAACUAAUCAUAGAGGAUGUUGAUUUCUGCAAAGCACAUCUAUCCCUCAUUGUGAAGCAAAUGCAGAGCUUUAAAAUUUGUGUGGUUGAUCUACCUCUCAAGACAGAGCAGUUACCGGUUCGUCUGAGAGAUAUUCAACCUCGUUAUCUUCCUCUUCCAAAUCACGUUUCUCAAAUAUCUCCUGGCACAAACUAUGACUUCAAUUCUCCAACAAUGCGGUUCACCAUUUCAUCACUUGUGAUGCCUGAUGCUGUGGUAGAUUAUGAUUUAUUGAAUGGGAAAUGGAACAUUGUACAGCAGCAAAACUUGCUUCACGAAAGAACACGAGUUUUAUAUGGCACUGCAAACUCCACAGAGAGCCCUAAUAUACCCUCAGGGACAAGAAUUGUCAGCUUUGAUACUGAGGAUGCUACUGCCGAUAAUGACAACUUGUGGAAUGAGUUAACCGAGUUUUACGCGUGUGAUUACCAUGAAGUCUCUUCUCAUGAUGGAUCCAUGGUUCCAUUAACUGUUGUUUACUCGAGAGCUCAGAGAGAGGAGAAUGGGAAACCUGGUUUGCUUCAUGUCCAUGGUGCUUAUGGUGAAAUGCUUGAUAAGAGAUGGCGUAGUGAACUUAAAAGCCUCCUUGACCGUGGAUGGGUUCUUGCAUAUGCAGAUGUUAGAGGUGGAGGUGGAAAAGGAAAGAAGUGGCAUCAAGAAGGAAGAGGCGCAAAGAAACUAAACUCCAUUAAAGAUUACAUUCACUGUGCUAAGUUCCUUGCUGAGAACAAUAUAGUUCAAGAAAACAAACUUGCUGGUUGGGGAUACAGUGCAGGAGGGCUUGUGGUUGCUUCAGCCAUCAAUCAAUGUCCUGAUCUCUUCCAAGCUGCUGUUCUAAAGGUUCCUUUUCUUGAUCCAACUCAUACUCUAAUACAUCCAAUACUACCCUUAACGGCAGAGGAUUACGAAGAGUUUGGAUAUCCAGGAGAUAUAGAUGAUUUUCAUGCCAUACGUGAAUACUCUCCUUAUGACAACAUUCCUAAAGAUGUUCUUUAUCCAGCAGUUUUAGUUACUUCCUCGUUCAAUACUCGAUUUGGUGUGUGGGAAGCUGCUAAAUGGGUUGCAAGAGUUCGUGACAAUACAUUCAAUGACCCGAAACGCCCAGUCUUGCUCAACUUGACGACUGAUAUUGUGGAAGAAAACAGGUUCUUGCAGACUAAGGAAGCUGCGUUAGAGAUUGCAUUUCUCAUAAAGAUGAUGGAAACUUGA